GGGGAUAUGAUGGCUACCGUCCUUCCUUUUCCAACACUCCGAACAGUGGUUACACGCAGCCCCAGUUUAAUGCUCCUCGGGAUUACUCCAACUACCAGCGGGAUGGUUAUCAACAGAAUUUCAAACGUGGCUCUGGGCAAAGUGGACCUCGGGGAGCUCCUAGAGGUCGUGGAGGGCCCCCAAGACCAAACAGAGGAAUGCCUCAAAUGAAUGCUCAGCAAGUGAAUUAAAUAACUUCACAGGAUUACAUUAAACGCCAAAAACACACUGGCCAGUGUACUAUACAUGUUACCCAGAAGAGUUAUUAUCUAUUUGUUCUCCCUUACAGGAAGUUUGUUGUAAAGGGACUAUUUUCAUUACCCAUAAUGACAGGACUACAGUUGCCAGCUUUAUAUUACCUGGAUACGGAAAGGAACAAAACAACGUUUAUUCUGCAUGUUCUGUCCUAAGCAUCAUCUUGAGCCUUGCACAUGAGAUUUCAGAUUCCUCACCCUUGCUAAGAGUAAAGCAAAAAAAGGCAAUUUUCAGGGUGAUCCAAUCUCACGUGGUUAACUGGGAGUGGCAGGAAAAAGCAAAAGACUCACUUCUGUCAUUUAAAAGUGAUGUAACAAAUUUGGAUAAAACCCACAAAUUCAUAAAGAUUUAUGGUGGAAGCAGUUGACAAAACUAUGUUCCCAGGAAAGGAGGGAAAAGGUGAAGUGUGGCUUGGUAGAGCAACUGCAUUUCACCUUUUUCUUAUUAAAUUGAAGUGCUGAGCAGUUAAAGAUGUGUAGUGAUGAGUAUUUCCCUAAAUAGACAAAUAGGCUUAUAGCCAGUUUUUGACAAAGAAGAAGCACCCUUAGCUACAGCACUUUUCAUCACCAGGGCUCUGUUUACUGUGGCUAAGGAUUUAAGUUUGCUUGCAUAACUGCUACUGUAAUUGUGUAAUUUAAAAAAAACCCUUCAAUUUGGCACUUGAACAAAAUUUGCAACAAAUGUGAGAUAUAAUCUGGAUGGCCACUGUAUAUUUGAUGUGAAGUAUUUAGAUAUCUCUUUGAAACACUUUUUAAGUUUCUUUGAUAGCAAUGACUUUUGUAAGGAUUGGUAUUCUCUAUCAUUCCUUAUGACUUGCACAUUGUCUGUCACUAAUACUUGACCUUGCUGUAUUAUCACCUAAAUAACUGAUGCCGGUACUGAUGGAAAUCUCUAAUGAAUAAUCAUAACACUUUUGGUCACAUCUCUUUUUGUCUUUCCUGCAGCCUUGAAGGUUUUAAGAAAUCUCAA